AUGCCACACUCACUUGCGUCUUCAGAUUCGGUUUCUUCAUCUCGGUCUCUUUCAACAAUCCCACCAACAUUACAACAGCUCCCAGAUCUCCCCCGACAAGAUCUCCAAAACCUCAUCGCCUCCAUCUCUCAGUCAGCCACGCUCAUUACGCAAGUAUACCCGCGCCUUCGAUCCAUCGAAAAAGUCUUGGACACCGCGAGGCCACGUUUUGAUCCGUCUACUCUACGUUAUUUGCUCCCUGACGCAUUUGUCAAGGCCAUUCUCGUCCAUCUCCCAGCCGCUGACUUUUCUGUUUCGUCGCGAGACACUGUUGGAAAGCUGCACAAGGUCUGUCAAAUAUGGCAAAUUGACUCAAAACUUCUUCUCUUCCAGAUCGGUCAUGAUUACGGCAAGAAACGAGGCCAGCCUUUUUUCACAGCCCUGCUCGUCCUCGCAAAGCUCAACCACAAGUGGGACAGUUGCCUAAAGCUCCUGAUCAACCAGGUAUCAGUUCGCCAGCGAUUGGGAGGCCAUCAUAAAUGCGUACAACGAGUUGAUGUCCAAAAUGUCAUCACUAUCUUGACACCUCCGAGAAACAGCGUCUCCGAGACCGACAGUAACGAGCCAACGCCUAUCGUAAGCAGACCAAACCAGGAGUCCCAACAAGCAAUACAUUCGCAAGCUUCCACUUGCAAAGCCUUUCCUAGUCACAAAAGCCCGGCAGUAGCGGCAACGAACGCCGUGGGUGUAGAGCGACAAGACUCUGACCUCGACUCUAACAUCGACUCUGAUCUCGACUCUGAUCUCGACUCUAACAUCGAGCUUGACAUCCAGGUCGACCAAGACUUGAAUCAGAACAUCGACGCGACAAAUGAGCAUAAGAACUUUCCACAAGGGAGACAACCUGUCGCAACAUCAGCAUCCUCCAAGGCGCCUCUGAAAGCACCGCCCGCCGUGAGGGAUUCGCCUGAAGCUUCACUUGAUGGGACAUUAUCCGAGGAGCAAACCUCUUUGGACCAGGAUAGACACCAGAAGAGACACCUCACAGGAGCAGAAGAAGACAGAGAGAUCGAAGAGUCGGAAGAACCCGAGAAAGCCAGACGGACAAGUUCAGAGCUCGGGUAUACCCUCCCCAAAACCCAGAAAGCGCCGCCGGGCACCGACGUUGAAUACCAGCACGACCUCUCACCGCCAUCUUUACAUUCGCCUUUGCUUCUAUCGUUUCCAUUGUCGUCACCGUCGCGGUCGCCAACGCCCGAAGCCAACCAUCAUUUCGACGUGGAGCUCAAGGGUCACACCUUUCCAGAAGCCGACGUAGAAGGAGAACGCAGAGAAGCAGACAAAAACACAGACGGCACUAACAACACACCGGCAUCUUCCAGCUUCCCAACUAAGAGGUGCCUGUCCUUUAGUGAGACGGAUUCUCAGUUCACACUAGUCCCCGCGUUGCCAAAUAUGGAAGGCAAAGACCAAGCGGACGGGCCCAAGAGGUUUCGAGUCGAGCCGUCACCCCCCCUUGUCCCUGCUGAGGAAACUGAUGCCCUCCUGCUCGAUACUACCUGGGUCAAGGGAGCGCUGCUGAAUGGCGCGCUUGGAAGUCUCUGCGACUUGUUGGCCCCGGAUGUGUGCUACUUGGACUCUGCCGAAGUGAGCCGGAUGGCGGAAGACAAGUACUCUCCUCGUUCUGAGACCCUGUCGCUCAUCUUGGCCAGUAAGACGGUAGUACUGCCACUGCAUGUGUGUAACAAUCAUUGGACCUUGGCUAUCGUGAGAAAGGCCCGCUUCACCACUCCCUCAGCUAAGCUUUACGACUCCAUGACGUCCGAUAAACACACCAACGCAGCUCAGCAGCUCAUAGGCGCCUUCUUCAAGCACUACUUGCCGCAGACUCCCUAUUUCUCUCGCGUGGCUGACCCAUGUCUGACAAACCGUCAGACGAAUGGGUCGGAUUGUGGAAUUUUUGCCUUUGCAACCGGGAUAUUCAGAGUCACACAGGAAGACAUCCCGGACAACUUACACGGCGGGCUGUGGCGACGGGUUUUAGCUGCGUGCCUUGGAGGAAGGGUUAUAGAUUGGGAUUCGCUUCUUCCUGUAGCCCGUUGCCAGUCUCCGAACAAGGAAGUUGUUGAUGUAUCGUCGCCUUCAACGAUGGUAGGAGACCGAUUCGAACAAUUCGAGGCCGCAAGACAACAACUAGAGAAGAGACGGGAGGCGCUGACAGCUGAACUUAAUUCGGAUAUGAUUGCAAUACGAGAAUGGCACAAUCGUAUAGCCUCGGCGCUCGCAGUUCUUGAAAGCCUCCGCCGGGCAGCGCCGGAACGGAUCGAGCAGUUGCAGGCUCAGUUCGAAACAGCGACUUCGAUGGAGUCAGUACUCACCCUCGUUGACGGUCAUAACAGAGGCCCCUCUUCCGUCAAGAUAGAUCGCCAAUGCUCUAUGGUGCGACAGACGCGUGUGCGAGUUGAGGCCGUUAUAGAGCAUCUGCAAUGCUUAGCAGACAAGGUAAAUAGUUCGUACGAAGAGUGGUCUCAGAGAAUGAAGAGUGUCACGGGUCAAGACCCAGUAUCAUGA